AACCCCUCCACCACCACCACCACUAUAACCUUCACAUCCACACUUCUCUCUCUCUCGGUUUCUUCCCUUUCAAUUUUCUUCAGGAUCUCUCUCUACUAGCUCUAGAGAUAUACAUGUAUCUAUACAUACACUGUACUAUAUAUGUGCAUCGGGGGUUCUUUUGCUAGAUCUUCUAACGCAUUUCAUGGAUCUAAAAACUGACCUACCCGCAUUGUCUUCUCCUCCGUCUUCAUCUUUAUUGCUUUCCGUUUCUCUCUCUUAGGGUUUUUUUCUGAGCAGCUCAUGCCUCAUUGCGCGCUCUCCAUAAGCUCUUAGCAAUGCGGUCUCCCUUCUCGACCUCCGGAUGCCAUGGAGAGAUUCUCCGCUGCAUAUUGCUUCACCUCAAACCUAGAAAUCCGUGGAGAGUCUCCGGCGAGUCCACCGAGUUCGAAAUUUUUGGUUACUGACGAUGGUCUUUGUGGGUUUUGGUUCGCCCAGAGAAAAUGCCGGCUCUGAUUCUGCUCCUCCUUCCUCUGCUCAACUUGGUUCUCUCUUGCUCGGGGCAUUCAUUGUUGCAAAUCUACUUGUCUCCUUCUCUUCUACCAAACCGGGCAUUAUCUACAAGAGAAAUCUUUGCGGAAAAUGCGAAGUCCAUUUGGAAGAGUGUGUCAUUUUCCCCAUCAAACCCUGCCAAAAGGUGGGUGGUUAAGCCUUCUUUGGAACCUUCCACUGCCCCUGCAUCUUCUCCAAUUUACCAAGGACCUAGCAGCAAUCCCUUACCAAGACGCCACCAUCAUCAUCAACAUCAGCACAGGAGACCUCAUGCAGUUGCCCCAGCCCCUUCAAGAAACCAAGCUUGUGAUCAAAUUUGUAUAGAUCCACUUACUGCAACACCCUUUGGUUCACCUUGUGGUUGUGUGUUUCCAAUGAAAGUCAGACUUCUAUUGGAUGUAGCUCCUUAUGCUGUUUUCCCAGUAAUGAGUGAGCUAGAGAUUGAAGUUGCAACGGGAACUUAUUUGGAACAAAGUCAAGUUAAAAUAAUGGGUGCUACAGCUGAUAGUCAAAAUCAAGGGAGAACAGUUGUGGAUAUCAACUUGGUUCCACUGGGUGAGAAGUUUGAUAAUACUACCGCAAUACUGACGUAUGAGAGAUUUUGGCACAGGAAAGUGCCUCUAAAUAGCACUCUAUUUGGUAAUUAUGAAGUAGAAUUUGUUCGUUAUCCAGGAAUUCCUUCUUCACCACCAUAUGGGAAUUAUGGAGGAAAUGAACCAAGUGGAAGUGCUGGAGAUCUCCCUAUCUCUGCUAAUUUUGUCAAGAAGAGCCAGCGGAUGAAUAUUAAAACCAUUGCCAUAAUUUCUUUGUCUGCAUUUGUGCUCUUAUUGGUUUUCAUUGGAGCAGUCUCCGUCUUUUUGAAGUGGAGGGUUGGAAGACCAUCAAAUGCUGUUGGUCCUGCAUUUACAUCUUCUACAAACAAAAGAUCUGGCAUUGGAUCGAUAUUAUCAAGUAGUAUUGCGAGCUCAACAUCAGUAUCCCUCAUGUCCAACAUGGCUACGCGUGUUCUCUCUGCUAAAACAUUUUCACUUGCUGAGCUUGAGAAGGCAACAGAUAAGUUCAGUUCAAAGAGGGUUUUGGGUGAAGGAGGAUUUGGACGUGUUUACCUUGGGAUUAUGGAAGAUAGAGUUGAGGUUGCGGUUAAAAUGCUUACUAGAGAUAAUCAAAAUGGAGACCGUGAAUUUAUUGCAGAAGUUGAGAUGCUAAGUCGAUUGCAUCACCGUAAUCUUGUGAAACUGAUUGGUAUAUGCAUUGAAGGGCCAAUGCGCUGCUUGGUCUAUGAGCUUGUACGCAAUGGCAGCGUUGAGUCCCAUUUGCAUGGUGUUGACAAAGAAAAGGGACCACUCGACUGGGAUGCACGGUUGAAGAUUGCUCUUGGAGCAGCAAGAGGAUUGGCUUAUCUUCACGAAGAUUCUAAUCCUCGUGUAAUACACCGAGAUUUCAAGGCCAGUAAUGUUUUGCUCGAAGAUGACUUCACCCCCAAGGUUUCGGAUUUUGGGUUGGCUAGGGAAGCAACUGAAGGAAGUCAUCAUAUUUCUACUCGGGUUAUGGGAACUUUUGGGUAUGUCGCCCCUGAAUAUGCAAUGACUGGGCAUCUACUUGUCAAAAGCGAUGUCUACAGCUAUGGGGUAGUGCUUCUUGAGCUUCUUACUGGAAGAAAGCCUGUGGACAUGUCCCAACCUCCGGGACAAGAGAAUUUGGUAACUUGGGCACGGCCGCUUCUGACCACUAGAGAAGGUUUGGAGCAGUUGGUUGAUCCUUCUUUGGCUGGAAGUUAUGACUUUGAUGACAUGGCUAAAGUUGCAGCCAUUGCUUCAAUGUGUGUUCACCCAGAGGUGACAAAUAGACCUUUUAUGGGUGAAGUUGUCCAAGCUUUAAAACUAAUAUACAAUGACACGGGUGAGACUUGUGGGGAUGCCUGUAGUCAAAAGGAAUCUUCUGCUCGAGAUUCUGACUUUAAAGGUGAUCUCGCCCCUUCAGACAGCAGUUGGUGGAAUGCUGGCGGUAUCACUCCUCGGCUAACCUAUGGGAAUGCCUCUUCCUUCAUCACAAUGGAGUACAGUUCUGGUCCGCUUGAAGAAAUGGAAAACAGACCGUUUUCAACUUCAAGCUUGUUUGGGGGUGAGAUGUCUUUACCAAUAAGGCAUGGGAACAGAUCAGGCCCCUUGAGAACUGUCCGAAGCAAGGUGGCCCUUUAUAGAUUCACGGGAAGUAGGAGUGAGCAUGGGGGACUGCUUCCGAGGCAUGUUUCGAAUAAUGGGUUUUGGGUUUGAGAUUUUAUUCCUAGCGUUUUGAAUCGUACAGUUUCAAAGGAUCAGAGGUUUUUCAAUAGAUUGGUGUAGUUUAGGUGUGAGAUUUCUGCAGCUUCCCUCUUUGGAGGGAGGGGAGAGAAAUUGUCUUCUAAUUUUGGGAAUCUUUUAUUCAUUAACGAUACAAGUUAUGGAGAUAUAUAAGUUGGGAACACUUUGUGUAAUCAUAUAUGCUUAUAAUGUAUUCAUGUGAUUCGAUGCGUCUGUUAAACCA